AUGGGCGAAAUGAUGGCACCUUCCUCUUCCACCACCUCGUCGGCCGUACAUUCCCUUACCAGCGCGAGCACACUGGAUUCCCCUACAGAGUCAACGCGAAGAGCGCUGCGUGAUUCAGUGUUCGAGUCGGCAACAUGGCGCGAGACGGACGGCGAGUCACCAGAGGAACUGCAACGAAAAGAUCCCCUUGGCACCCAGAUCUGGAAGCUAUAUUCCAAGACGAAGAACACACUACCUAACUCUGAGCGCAUGGAAAACUUGACGUGGAGAAUGAUGUCGAUGAACCUGAGGCGGGCUCAGCACCAGAGUCGGCUUGCUCACUAUCAACAGCGUGCCAACGCACCUAGUGGAAUUGCGCAAUUGAGACAGUCGGCCGAAGCGCAGUCGCAGUCGCAGUCUCAGUCGCACUUUCCCGCUCCCACCCACGAUCACAUGAAUCUAGACGACUUUAUCGUCCCCUCAUCCAUUGCUUCGCCCAUCAGCCAACCCUCGCCGCCUGCCUCGCUCGACCCCGCGACUUCGGAAUUCAAGGCAACUCCGACGGGCAUCCCUAUUCGCCGCCAUCAGCAGCUACAAGAGGAGGCUCAGGACGACUUUGUCGCGCGUGCCUCGGCUCCGUCGGUCGCUCCCACUGCUGUGAACAAAACGACCGAUGAGUUUGGCUAUAUCCAACGCCAUGUACGCAAGACCAGCAUUGAUGAGCGCAGGCCACCAAAGCGACGUGCCGACUGCUCACCCCAGGUCCCUCCUGUCACUACUGGUAUGCCUAACGAUGCUCUCCUCAACAACUAUUCGCUCGACUCAGGCGCCUUCAAUCCUCCUAACACUCACGGCCAAGUACCCUUUGGCCUGGACACAUUCGGCUUCGACACGGGUGCCAACUCCAACCACAACGAUCCCUUGCUAUCGUCGGCUGGCCCUUUCCAGACCAACUUCAAUUUUUCGCCUGUCGGUUCGCCCAUGAUGAACAAUGGCCCAUACACCAACAUGUUCAACCAGGCCAUCAUGUCCAACAACUACUGCUCGCCACCUCAGUCAUCCUAUCAGUCCCGCGUCUCGACCCCUCAACCUAUCCCCGAGCACGAGCCUGUUUUCUUCAACACUUCUAGCAGUGUCGACUUGAGGCACCACGCUCACAUGAGCAGCUAUACCAGCCAACAGCCUACCCCUGUUGCUAGCAUGCAGCCUCAGUACAUUUUCAGUCCCAACAACGACAACAUGUUCAGUCAAGUCUCCGCUCCCGACCCAUCGACUUCCUUCAACCAACCCUCGUCUUUCUCCAUGUCGGGCCAUGUCGAUCCGACCGAGGUGCUCUCCACCGGCAUGUCGUUGCCGCGUGACAGCAACAUGUUCACCUUCGGAGCCGACUCCGAUAACGAAGACGACGAACCCAACUUUGGCGACAGAAACAAUUUUAUGAUGCAGACUGAUUUUUCACCUAUGGAAGAUCCUGCAAUGGGCGAAUACCAGUGGGAGAGCGGUCUCGCCUCAGGGCAGUUUAAUUCGCUGCCUGCUCGCUACGCAGGCCCUCCCGCUCGCAAGGGCGUUACAAUUGGGCAUACUGAGAUGAUUCCCUCCCCGCAGGACUGGGGUGUGGGCAGCUUGGGUCGCACGCAUGGUUCAGCCGCCUCGGUCAGCGAAAUUCGCAACCGCGGAAACGACCCUCGUCUCAAGAAGAUACCCCGUACAAGCUCAACCCCGAACGCCGCCGCUAUGGCUGCUCAGCAUGGCAUGUUCUCUGCUCGCCCUCAAUCCUCUCCCUCAUCGCCGCCCGAGUCUUCGACUGGAUUCAGCUCUGUCGCUCCUUCUCGUCCUGGAAGUCCAAAGCCUGGUGACAACGGUCUGCCCACCACAUGCACAAACUGCUUUACACAAACCACUCCUCUAUGGCGCCGCAACCCUGAAGGACACCCGCUGUGUAACGCAUGUGGUUUGUUCCUCAAGCUUCACGGCGUUGUACGUCCGCUCAGUUUGAAGACGGAUGUCAUCAAAAAGCGUAACCGCGGCGGAGCGGGCGCCCCAACUGUCGGUCCUUCCUCCAGCCGUUCCAAGAAGGCCGCGAGCAGGAAGAACUCUGUGGCUCAUACUCCCGCCGCUACUCCCAAGCCCACCCACGAUGCCGACUCUCCCAAAUCCACAGCUGGCUCUUCGACGACCGCAAACACCCCUACCACUCAGAACAACCCCGUCAUUGCGCCCAAGACUACCGUAGUGCCGAUUGCACCUGGUCCACCAAAGCCACAGAUGCCUGCCACAGGCCCCGCCCCUACGCGCAUGGUUGCACCGAAGCGUCAACGCAAGCAGAGCAAAGUCGGUAGCUCUCCACAAGAGAUUGAGAUGGGUGAGGCGGAUGAUAUUCCCAGCAUCAAACCAAAGGAGGUCGCUCAAGCACCUAUGCCUUCAUUCGCGCCCAGCCAGCAGCCGACCAUGAUGAUGAACAACAACGGUACACCCGGAUCUCUGGUCACCACACCUUCUGGCAUGCCAGCCGGCCCCCAAGAGUGGGAAUGGCUUACCAUGAGUUUGUAG